AUGGCGACGGAACGCUCCUUGGCUACCUUGCUGCGGUCGCUGCAGGCGACUUCCAGUUUCCAGGAUGCUGCUACUCUGCUCCCAACCGCUACCAGUUUCUUGUCUAUGCUGGGGAAUCCUUUGAAUUUGACUUUGCUCUCGUCGCAGCUCCUGACUGCCCCUUCGCUGUGGAGUCACCCCGUCGAUCUACAGGCGUGUCGUAAGAUCCUCAGCGUCUUCAACACUGCUGCUAUCGCCGUCUUGCAGAAUGACACUACCGACGAGCCGCGCAUACCAUAUGGACGUAAUAGGAAAAUCGAGUGUGAUGCAUGGGUGAAGGCUGUGGCAGAAGGCGCGGAUGAUAAAUCCCCCCGGUGGCGGCAUAUGCUCCUGCUCGGUGGAAUCCUGAUGGGUUUCGAGGGCCAGAACCGUCAGGGCUUACCACGCCAUAUUCGGGUCAAGCUGGAAUCGGCGCUUUCAACAGCGGCUCAACUGGCGCUCCAGGAACUGGGCACAGAAAUUGAUAUUGAUGGCCAGUGCAUCACCAUGGUGCUCAAUUAUACGUUCGAACUCCUGUCGGAUCUGGAGAGGAGCAAGUUGGAUUAUGAUCGAUUGCUCCCUGCGAUGAUUCAAUCUGCAUUCUUGUCUUCUGAGGGUCUGGAGGGCGGAUACUUCCUGGGAUCUAUUGAUCAGGAUGUUGUUGAGGCCCCGAAUAAACAGUUCAAGUGGUCAUCUAACUCUCCGACCUUUUUGAUCGUGUCUGCAGUGUCUGCUCGACCACUAUUGUCAACACUUGGGCCAUUAUCACGUUUGAUUGCACACUCGAUUGAUAAUGUGCGAGAUCCGCGGAUCGUCGCCCAGACUGUUGAUUACCUGGCGGACUUUGUCCGCACUCUCAUGGUACAAUGGCGCCAAAACAAAUUGUCGGAGAUUGAUGCUGCAGAGGAAGCGGAAUUCUUAGACGCCGAAUCGCGGGAAGUCACUGUCCCUGCACUUUGGAAGACGCUACGGAACUGCUUGUAUUCGAUUGUCAUUACGCUCCGGGCAGUUCUAGGGCGAACUAUCAAUGAUGGCGCUCUCGCGGCGAAUAGCAGCGCUCCCUACCUGUCGAUGCAAUGUCUCCACAUUCUGCGGAAUCUGUAUUUCAUCUCAUCUCGGAUUGGCCAGAACGCUUCGUCGCAGCAGACCUUUGUAUUGUUGGCAGCCAUCGAUAUUCUGUCGCAAUACCCCGUCCUUGCGGAGAACUUCUUGCGAAGCAUCAAGCCGAGUGAUUUGGGACAGAUCCCUGCUCAUCCAGUGGAAAGAUGUCUUGACUUGUUCUUCCUAAACGUUGCAGAACACUUCCCCCUUGUUCUCCCAACAGAGACAAGCGAGGAGCUCUUCCUGUCUGCGGCCUUCCCGUAUCUUGCCGCGGGUGCCAACAGCCUUCUUUUGGAGAUAUUCGAGGCCGCUCACAGUCUGGUUUUGGUCGUUUUCGCCGUUCCCCAUAAUUCGGAGCUUGCUGCCAAGCACCUCCCCUUCUAUAUUCACAAUCUCUUCGCGGUCUUCCCCAACAACCUUUCCGCGCGUCAAUUCCGCCUUGCUUUUAAGACCGUUAUUCAGAUAACGGCCCCUCCUUCUCCCUUAGCGAAUACCCAACCCCUGCUUCCUUCCAUUCUGUUAGAGGUCGUUCAUGAGCGUGCGUUGAACGCAAGCUCCACCCCUAUCCCACAAACCCCCACUCCCGACAUGAGCCAGAGUCCACCCCUCUCUGAACAAGCCGUCCUAACACUGGCACUUCUUGAUUCACUGGCAUUCCUGCGAGUUCCAGAUCUCAAAGAAUGGCUCCCGCUGGCGGCGCAGUUGAUCAAUGCGAUUGCGGAUCGGGACAUGCGACACAUUUGCAUAGAUCGGUUCUGGGAAGCGUUGGCCGGUGGUGAGAUGGAUGUCGAUCGUGCCCACUGCUGUGUCACUUGGUGGAGCACCGAGGGUGGACGUGAACUUGUUCUCUUCGGCGCCGAAACUGCCGACGCUCCUGAACCUGAUGCAAAUGGGCCUUAUAUGACCGGCGCUGUUGGUGAUGUUGCGCCGGAAAGCAAGCUAUAA